UGUAAUGGCAGGCUCAGUGAUUGGUGGCAGGCACUGUCAAUCAUCUUGAUCAAGUAAAAACUCCAGAAGUACUUGAGCAAAAGUUGAAUUUGGCAGAUUUAACUUCAUCCUUUAUCAUGGAGGGAGGGCUUUUUUCCUUUGUGCUUUUGUGUACUGUGUGGUUAAAUGUUGAAGCCCUUUUUGUAAGUAUUCCUCAGAAAGCGUAUGAUGUUGCCAGAGGAGGCAGCGUCACAAUACCCUGCACAUUUAAAACACCGGUCCAAAACCCAACAGCAGCAGUUAUCAUCUGGUCUAGGAAGCCUGACCAACCUGAUGCUGAAAAUGUGGCAAUCCUUACCUACUUUUAUCCCGACGAAAGCUUUGAUUUGGCAGAACGUUUUGAUCCAACGCGAUUUUCCAUUGAGGCAAACGUCCAGACAGGCCAGGCUAAUCUUCUGCUCAAAUCCCUCAAACUAGAAGAUAGCAUGCUUUAUGAGUGCCAGGUCCAGAUUCGAGGGGAUACUACAGGGAACAAGGCUGCUAUAACAAAUGUGAUGGUUUGGGUGCCUCCAACCAAGCCCAUCUGUAAUGUGCAGGGAAAGCCUGAGUACGGCCAGAACAUCAAUCUCACCUGUGUGUCUGAGGAAGCUUCUCCCUCUCCCACAUACAAGUGGGAAAGUUAUGAUGUCCAGAACAAUCUUCGUCCUCUAGACCCCCAAUCUACUGUCAAUGGAGGAAUUUUGAGUCUUUUUGAUGUCACCAAAGAGAUGUCGGGAUACUACGUCUGCACAUCCACCAACAAAGUUGGUUCUGCUUCAAGCAACUUCACACUCUCUAUUGUGUCACUGCCUCCAACCAAGCCCAUCCUCAAUGUGCAGGGAAAGCCUGAGUACGGCCAGAACAUCAAUCUCACCUGUGUGUCUGAGGAAGCUUCUCCCUCUCCCACAUACAAGUGGGAAAGUUAUGAUGUUCUGAACAAUCUUCGUCCUCUAGACCCCAAAUCUACUGUCAAUGGAGGAAUUUUGAGUCUUUUUAACGUAACCAAAGAGACGUUGGGAUACUACGUCUGCACAUCCACCAACAAAGUUGGCUCUGCUUCAAGCAACUUCACACUUUCUAUAUUGUCACCAUCCAUGAACGUGAACAGUAUUGCAGGAAUCAUUGGUGGAGUUGCUGCCGUUUUGAUUUUACUGGUAAUCAUCAUCUGUUGCUGCUACUGGAGAAAGAAAAAACAACAGGAGGAGGCUUAUGUGAUGGGAGUUCGUGACUAAAACCCAGAUGGUAAUGAGGAAAAUCACCACCCUGAGAGAGAAGAGCUUACUGGAUUAUAGUGAUACCAAGGGCCCCAUAUGGAUCAAUAUGAGGAAAAGAGAGAACACAAUAUUGACCACUGCAGUGACUUUGAUGACCAACAGAGAAACUUGCAAGGGCAGAUGCGACCAAAACUCUCAAAGCUUAAAAGUGGACUGUUAGCUCAGCAGACUGUGUUACUAUAUAUUUUCCUGACUUUUAAUGUAAAGAACCCAGAAAGGUUUUUUUUAAUUGAUUUAAAAAUAAUGUUAUUAAAUAUUUGCUGAUUGUUGUUAUUAAUUUUUUUGGUAAAGAACCCAAUGAGUAUUAUUUGGGUAGUAUUAGAUCGGGUUAUAUAUAUCUGGUUAUUUAUGGCUUUCUGAGAAACAAUAAAUGUUUACAUUUAGACACCCUUACGAUCGUCACACUUUUUCUGUUUCAAACUGACCCUGGCCCCCGAUCAGAGAAUGGAAACGUCAUGUGGCCCUCACUGGAAAAAGUUUGGGGACCCCUGAACUAAAGCGACCGUUGUGACAGUGAGCGUUAUAUGACGACCGCCAUUAUGAUGAUGAGCGCCGUUAUGACGAUCGUAGACGGCAGCGCUGAGACAAUGACUGCUGAAAAGUAAAACAGAUCAUUAGUGCAACUUUAGAGGUCAUCAAGCAAGGUUAGAGUAAGACUAUCCAGCAGAUUAAAGAUGUAUUAAAACCACCUCUGUCUUGUAUUCACUGGUUGUGCGGAUGAUGACCGUGAUCAAUCUAUUGAUCACAACUGAAAAAGUAAAAAUAAUGUUUUUUUCUCUUUUGUGCUUUGAGUUUUAUGUAAUGUCACAGCAGUUCUGGCAUGAUUGUAUUUCAGUCUUACACAUUACUUGACACAAGCAAUACGACAAAAUAGGUGACUCAGAUGCUGCAAUUUAAUGUGGAAGUUGUGUUUUUAACACAAAAUAUUGGUUGUGUCUCAUUUGCAUGUAAGUAUUGAUAUUCUCAUGUCUGAUAACCUCUGGGGUUGGUAACAGGGUCAUUUUAGUUUCAUUGUUUUAAUAAAGCUUCUUAUGUAUGAAUUUAAA